AUGACAGAUUAUGCAGCUCAAGGAAAAACUAGACCAUACAAUGUUGUCCAUCUCAACAGCUGCCAUACUCAUAUGUCUUACUACACUUGUCUCUCCAGAAGUGCAAGUGCAGCUGGAACUAUCAUUCUACAAGGCUUUGAGCCCAGCAUUGUUACUAGAGGAUGUGCAAAAUAUCUUAGGCAGGAACUCAGAGAACAAGAACUUCUAGAUGAAAUUACCAGGCUUAGAUAUGAAGGGUCACUUCCUCCUUGUGUUGUAGGAUACACACGCAAUUCAUUAAUCAGAAAUUUUCAAAACUGGAAAGGUACAGCAUAUGUUCCAGAGAAAACAGAUGCAUCUUUGAGUUGGAGUGAAAGUGAUCCAAUGGAUAUACUACCUGUGGUUACAGACAGUCCAUGGCAGAUAAUUAAGAGAGGCAAAGAUAAGAAAGCAGAGCAACCCAAGAAAGCUUCAACAUUUGUCCCAGCUAAGGGAUCAGUUGCAGUCAAGCAUAAGCUGGAUGAUGAUGAUGAGAUUAAUAUAAAGAAAAAGAGUAAAAAAGUACUGAAGCCUAAGUCUAGCAUCAAGUUAGGACUUCAAUGGGAUAGUAUAAAUUACAGUUGUGCAUAUGAUAGCCUAUUUGUGAUUUUAUAUCAUAUUUGGAACAUAGAUCCUUUAAGGUGGACUACAAAUUUUACAGAGAUCAACCAAGAUUAUUUAGGUGCAUUGGCCACUUCAGUCACCCAGUGCCAACUGACUAUUAGUCAUGCAAACUCCACUUAA